AUGCCCAAGGAGAGAAUCUAUCAUCUUCACCCCACGGGCUGGGAGAAUGACCCCGAGGAGGAGCGAUUCCGAGUCACCACUCUCGAUUACCUCACAGUCUGUACUUACAACAACUAUGCCCUCUUCUUCAAACUCAACGAUGCAGACAAAGAAAGGGUUGUAGAAGUUCUCAAAGCCGGACUAGAAAGAACCCUCGCGCAAGCAAGGCACUACUGUGGAAUCAUUGAGAAAGAUUCUGAUGGUGGCCACUCUUUUACAAGGAAGAAGGAUAGCACCGUCGACUUCAUUGUGCAGUGGCUUGAUACGCCAGAGGAUGCAAACAAAUACCCUUCCUUGGAGGAUGUUGAGAAGACAAACUUCAGUGCCGUCACGCUUGGCAAUUUGGAGGCAUGGAGUGUUCCUCCAAUGACAUACGGUGAGAAGCCAGAAGCUCACCCAGACAACUCGCCUGUGGUCUCUGCUUUCAAAGCCAACUUUGUCCGCGGUGGACUUGUGUUCAACAUGCACCAUCACCACUACGCCAACGAUGUCAUGGGCUGGUUUCCAAGUUGGGAUGUUUUGAAUCUUGAUGUAUCGCGCCUUAUCAAACAGGAGCCACCAGAGAACAGAAAGAUCAACGGACCUACCCCCAAAGAGCGUCAUCCUGCGCAUCAAGUCGGAGUUUCACUCCUUUUCCACCUCUCCAAAAGCAAAGCGGCUGAGUUGAAAGCAAGGGCCAUGCCCACAGAUGGCACUUGGGUGUCAACCUACGAUGCAUUCUCCGCUUUCAUAUGGCGUAACCUGACGCGCAUUCGAGCACCGGUGUUCAACCCCGAUCCAACAUCAAAACUCUUUUGGUGCGAAGCCAUCGAUAUGAGACGACGCAUGCAUAGUCCCAAAGUGCCACCCCGCUUGCAGCACAACGUCAUGUUUGCAGCGGUAUCUCUCACUGCACCUGUGGAGCAGCCUACAGUGGCCGAAGUCAUUUCGGACUGGACAUUUUCGCAGUUGGCUUCAUACAUCCGUCGACUGACCGACAGCGUCAACCAGGAAAACCUUGAUGAGACACUUGAAAUGGUGGCCAGAGUCCGCGACAAGACGUCUUUGAACACACGUAUCGAUGCGCAGCCACCAUUGUCCAUUCUUCAAACUGAUCACCGUGACGCCGAUAUCACCGCGGCCGAUUUUGGAUUCACGAAGCCUGUGACAUAUCGUCAUCUUCUGGACCGUAUAACUCAGGGCGUCAUAAUUGUUUAUCCGCCUCGCGAUACGUCGCCGGAGUCAGAUGAGGGCUGCGAGUUUGCUAUAUUCUACGAGAAAAGGCUGGCUCAGGAUUUGAUUGACGAUGUCGAAUGGAGUCAGUAUUUUGAAUACAGAGGCGUUGAUGCGGAAGACGGAAGCCAGUAA